AAGAAGCAAGAUUUUUUGGAUGAUCUUGAAACACAAGAUUACGGAAUGAAUGAGUCAAUAUCCAACAAUGAGCAGAAUGUUCCAAUUAACGAAGCAUUUGUUCCGGAAACCCAAUCCUAUGACGACAUAGAUGGACAAACACAAGUUUACGCUCUCGAAGAUCAACCAACUAUUUUGUAUGAAAAUUCAAGCAACAUCAAAACCCCUAGAUCGAAAAGACCAGUUGAGCAAUCAAGCUUUGAGGACGACGACAAUGCCACUCAGGCAUAUGGUUUGUUGUGUGAAGGCGCUCCAUCUAUCAAGGAGUCGCAGAGUGAUACUGACGAGGCAGACAAGUGUGCCACACAAGCCUACGGUCUUCUCGACCAGCAAACUAUUCCGUAUUCAUUGGAAGCUGAUACUGAUGAGACAGAUGAACUUGCGACCCAGGCAUACGGAGUCCUGACCAAAGCAAGCCUUGACAAAGAUGAUGAUGACGAUACAGGCGAUUUUUGUGCAACACAAGCCUAUGGCCUCUCAGAUGAAAACAAACCAGGACUGGAUGCCAAGCGGGAGGAAACUGAAACCGGUAAUAUCGAUGAUAUCGAAACUCAGGCAUAUGGAAUUCUUGGCAACAUAGAAUUGGAUGAGAAAUUUCUGACAAAAUCUGACAGUGAGGAGACAGAUGAACUUGCGACCCAGGCUUACGGAAUCCUGACCAAAGCAAGCCUUGACAAAGAUGAUGAUGACGAUACAGCUGCAGAUGAUUUUGAAACUCAAGCGUACGGUGUCUCCGAUGCUGCAAAUGUGGCUGACGAAAAGUAUCUUGAAAAAUCUGAUAACGAAGAAACAGAUGAAGAUCUGGACCAAGCUACGCAAGCCUAUGGUCUGUGUUCUAACGAUCUUCCAAAAAGGGGAACAAACGAUGAUAUGUUGCCGCCACGUAGAAGUCUUUCCGGAAGAGCUGCAAAGACAAGAAGGACCGUCACAUGGUCACAAGGGAGACCAAUGGAGAAUGAAGGAGACUCAGCAGAGAAUGACGGUGAAGAGAAGCAGGAAAAUGCUGGGGAAGAUGAAACACUAGAGCUCAAGGUUAAGGCGAAACAAGCAGGGAGGCCUAAACUGGGUGCUGCUGUUAGUAAUUCAGGUCAGGAUAAAGUCUCCUUGAAAAAAGGCAGACCACGUCGUGACACAAAGUCGAUGACGGCAGAGGCUGAUGACGAUACCAAUGUUGGAAGACGUUCACUGGCAAGAAAGGUCCAACUAAGUAACGACGAAGUAGUAAAGGCAAAGGCUGAAGAGACCAUGACAGUAAAGAAGAAGCAAAGAGCCAAAAGAACUAUAUCUGAACAAAUCUCACAAGAGGAUGAAGCAAUAUCGACAGGGGGUGGUCAGCCUAACACUGAUGAUAUCGAACGGAACCAGAAUGACGAUUUUGUUGAUAAAGAGGAACCUGUAAAUUAUGGAGAUACCGAAAAAUAUUCCAAAUUGAAAAGGAGUAGACGUGUUUCUAAAACAGCAAGGCAGAGAGGAAACAGCCAAAGGGGAAGAAGAAAAACUGUUGAUCAUGAAAUUUCAGAUGACGAGGAAUCAGGGAAUCUGUCAGAGAGAAAAAAGAUUGGUGUUGUUACAGACAGUAGUGCAAAAAAAGAGAAUUUGGUUGAGGAGGAAGAAGAAGCUGAUACUUUCGAUGAAGAAACUGACAGCCUUGGGGCUAAUGAACAAAGUGUUGAGAAGAAAGACAAAAAGGGUCAUCUUGAAGCGCAGCAGUUUAAAAGCAGACGCGGGAGAAAGCGAGGGUCCUCGAGAAAGUGUAUUAUGGAAAGAGAGCAUGAGAUAAAAAAUGCUGGAUUAGAAAUGACAUUUGCUAAAGAUGAUGCAACUGCAGUUGAUACUGAUGUAUCUGUAACGGCGCAAGAGAUAGACGAAAAUAGAUGUCUUGAUGUGCCGAAGUCGCGCGGAAAGAAACGUGGGAUAUCGAGUCAGCCUGUUAACGAAAAGGGAAAAGAAGACGAUAGAACUGAAAAAGAUAGGACAGGAACGACUAUUGAUGAGGGUAAUUCAACUGUAAAAGUUAUCGACGUGUCUGCAAUGGCUUCAGGUAUCGAAGAAAGCAAAUUUCUUGAGGCGCCGGUAUCUGUAAGCAGACGCGGGAGAAAACGCAGAACUUUAAGCCAUAAUGUUAAGGAGAGUGAAAAUGAAGACGAUGAAAUUAGAGAUAAUAGAUUGGAAGACAUUAAAGCUCAAAAUGAUUCAGUUGUUAAUGAUAUUGAUAUAACUGUAAUGGCGUCUGAUAAAGUUGAAAACGAACGUCAUAAAGCCCAGGUAUCUACCAGCAGACGCGGGAGAAACCGCCGGCCUUUGAGUAUGAAUGUUCAUGAGCACGGAGACAAUGGUACUGCAAAUGAUGAGUCCAAUAAAACUGAUAUUAAUCUGGAUUCAUCCACUGCCGAUAACGACAUUUCUUUAGGUGCAACAGAAAGAGAGGGAAACCGACGUCGUGGCGCGCGGAAAUCUGUAAGUGGACGCGGGAGAAAACGCGGAACUUCGAAAAAGAGUGUUAUUGAGCAAGAAAGCAUUAUGAUGGAAGAUCAUGGAAUAGAAACAACUAGCAAUGAACAGAAUAUAGCUGCAGAUGACAUCGAUGCGCCUUUAGUCGCAGUAGAAGGGACUGCAAGGCGACAUGAUGUCAUUACCAAGAAACCUCGAGAAAAUGGAGACAAUUCUUUGUUAGAACACUCUGCUACUUCAGUUGAUACCUCGUUGUCUGGAGAUCAACCCGGCAAGAACAGAAGGAGAACCAAUGUUAAGGGCAAAGGUCAUGCAACGAAAUGCAAUGUCAAUGAAGAAGAAGACAAAGACCAGGAUGCCAAAGAAGAAGUACCAAGAAUAAUGUUUACAGGAUUAACGGACAAGAACAUUGAGAAGUCUGCACUCGUCCUUGGAGCCCAGCUCGCUGACUCUGUAUACGAGGCUACACAUUUGGUCACUGACAAGGUAAGAAGGACUGUGAAGUUCCUGUGCUGCCUGUCACGUGGCAUACCGAUUGUUGGUCCGCAAUGGCUUGCGGUUUGCAAACAAAACAACUCUUUUGGAGAUGCUGGUGAAUAUACGGUGAAAGAUAAAUCCACAGAAAAGCAGUAUGAUUUUAGUCUUCAAAGAUCUCUUCAACUAGCAAAAGAAAGAAAGUUAUUAGACGAAUACAGCGUCUAUGUAACCAAGAAUGUCAAACCAGAUCCGAAGCAAAUGAAAGAUAUUAUACAGUGUUGUGGAGGACAGGCCCUUCAUCGACUACCAAAACACGUUGAUGAUAAGACGUUAAUUAUAAGCUGUGAGGAAGACAAAACUGAAGUGAAGAACGCAGCGAAGUCUGGGUACCAAAUCAACACUGCUGAAUUUCUUUUGACAGGAAUCCUUCGACAGAAGCUUGAGCCCGAUCUAUUCAAGUUGGAUGUUGAGAGCGAAAGUGAAAAGAGAGGAAACAAACGCAAUCAUAGCAGAUCCGAGCUUGAGACGUCGAAAAACACACCAAAACGACGGAAAAGGUGAAGUACCUAUGUUGACUUUGGCUGAAUCUUAGACACAGUCCUAGAUGUUGUCCUCGUCCAGUUCAUUAUGGGCUAGUUCUCAAAAGGAGAUAUUGCUUGUAAAAGGAUGGUUAAUCGACGAAGGUAUUAUGAUGGCAGAGGAAACUCGAGAGUGCUCAGUAUUGCGCCUUUAUGGUAAACUUCAAAUUGAUAGAGAAACUAAUGAGAAGAAACCGGUACAAUGAGCUCGAACACGUGUUUUUGCAAAGACUCGGAAAGCUUCCAUUAGGAAGAUAAAGAACUGGGCAAGGCAGUAAAUGGAAACAUAAAAGGAGCCAAAGCGGAGAACCUGAUUCAUAUUCUCAUUCUCAUGUAAAUUAGAUGCCUCAUUGUGAGUUUGAUCCGAAGAAAUAAUUUUUUGAUUAUCUACAAAUUGCUAAAUACCCAUACAGUGCUUGAAGAAGUGUAAUGUGUCCUUGGAUGCUCAAAAUCCUUGAAGAGCAUCAUGGUUCCUGCGGGGACAAUAUUGGCUGUGUUUAGGCCUCAAUAUGGGCUUUGACUUGUUCUACUAAUCUUACCUCUCAGAUUUCAAUCUGCCCCUCCUUACCUUCCCACUAAAUGUCCGAUCAAAUAUGGUUUUUCCUAUUUCAGAUGGCUAGAAAAGUCACAUGGCUAGAAAACUCAGUUUUUGCUGUGUUCUUCUAAAAAACACGAGUUAAAAUUGAUAAAAAUGACAUUGUAGUCGUUUUAUUGUAGCAAUGCGUGAAUGCCAAUAGAUUCAAAUUUUCAUAAGAUGGAAAAUUUCAUCAUAUUAAGCAUUAUUUGAAUAUUCUCAAAAAAUUUAUAUUAUUUGAAUUCUUCAUUGUUAACGCAAUUUUUGAAAAGAGUCUGUUCAGCUUUGAAAUUACUGUAAGGUAUGUGUUUGUAGAGGUUUAUUUUUUUAUCUUGAAUUCUAUAUUUCCUUGGUUCAACAUCCUCCCAUUUGGCUUCGUAGUAUAGAAAUGUAUGAAAUUGUUAUUUUACUAAUAGUAAUAUCGCUAAUUUUCUUAUCCCGGUACAUACUCAACGGUUUGUUUCUGUUUUGUUGUCGACGUUGUAGGCUUUUGUGACCGUUCACUCAAUUUCUUUCAGGUGCUAAAUUUCAGACUUUCUUCUUGUUCAAAAGUCUGCCCUGUUUCCAGUGUUAAUAAUGAUACCUUUUUGAUGGACUGCUCCUCUCCUAAGUUUCUCGAAGGUGUUCAAUUUGAAAUUAUUUAUUACUCUAUUUUCGCAAAAAUGUCUCGAUUGUCAAAGCCAAAGCCCGUUUGCCUUUUCUUGUCCGUUAUUAUUCAACUAUAGAUUGCCCGUAGCCUAUCAAUAUAUAUUACUCAUAUCCAAGUAUUUUGCAGAAAUGUGUUAUUAUUUUAUUCAUUUCAUUUUUUUUUAAUUGAAGAUAUUUACAAUAGUUUUCCGAUCUAAAUUCUUAUCUAUAAGAAAAACAGGUUUGAUCAGCUCAGCAUGCUGCCUAGGCCGUGACUGGCACUUAUGUUUAGACCAAACUUGUUACUUUGAACCCUGUUGUUUUUGAGGUUGGCACCUUUACUUUAUACAGUAGCGUAGCCAGCGUAGCUAUCUUGCCUCCCCUCGCUACGCCACUGGCUUUAUAAUAAAGAAAAACAGAAUAUGGUUUUUAUAUCAAACUUCGUUUUCAAAAAAACUUUUGUCUUUUUCUUCCAAACAUUGCUAAGUCAUUUUCUUCCAAAACUAGCAGGGUCAAAUCGAAAUAUGGAUCGUUUAACACGAGUUGAAGCGUUAUAACUUCCAACUGCUAGGAUUCUUAGAAAAACCUUUCCACUGAAUACUAGUCUGCAAUUAAGCACCUGGGAGAAACAUGCGUGAUUAUUUAACAGUGUAUAUAUUUUAAAAGAGAAAGAGUUAUGUUGAAAUUUCCAUAGUUUAGUAAAUUACCCUUUGUAAAUUAGUCUACAAAUUCAAUUGCAUGUAGAGAUCAAAAGCUACAACGAAUCAUUUCAAUUAUUCUCUUUGUAAAUUUUCUGUGCGAUUCGGGUCUAAGUAAAAGUCUGCAACAAAGCAGCGUUUCAGCAGACUUUGGGUGUAAACCGCACAUUUCACCAUCACUGACCAAAUUAGACCUCAUGUUGUAAGGUUUGUAACAAUCUCUAUUUCCAAUAUUCUGUUCUCACCGGUUUUCAAGGUUUUCAAAACGCAUCCUUUCGGUGUUGGACUUAGCAUGAAAGUGUUCUUGGAAUGACUUGCAAUAGAAGCAUGUUUCGAGAAGGCAAUAGCCACUUGCGAUUUUUGUCUCAAUCAAUCUUCAAACAUAAAUUGUUGGGGAUACGAACGGCCAAAGUUUAAAAUGUAAACGAGACUUUUGAAAAAUGUAUUGAUGGAACAUGCGCAGUAAGGUUCGGGAAUGCCAGCGUUUUGGAGGGAAAGUUUGUGAAACUUCUAUCUCAACGCAAAGUGAACCGAGGAGCGAUUCUAAGCGAGUUAGGCAUCAAUAUUCAACAGACGAGCAAGGGAAAAAAGUUUCAAUUGACCAUACACUCUUAAAAUUGUUCUCUAUGCCAGGAUGCUGUCAGUUUGCAUUAGGCCUGUAUCGCAGCUACGCGUAACAACCAGAAUCGCAAAUUACCAUGAGGAAAAAUCACUCCGUGGAAAUCGGAUGCACCUUGGUUGAAAAUCCCAUUGUUUUGUUUUUGAAAGCCCCUGGAAAUCCGUUUGUUUUCUUGGAAAUCUCGCACUUCAAAUUCUGAUGAUAAUGCCCCUUCUCCUUUAUCUAUUUUUAUUUGUUUGAAACAACUGCUUUGCUGCAAAUUGCAUAGGAGCAAGAAUCUUUGUGAACACGGUAUCCAGAUUGAAAUUGAAAUAACUUAAAUUUUGUGCUUUAAAGGACCCUGAGUCCCACAUACAGCUAAUAACCUGAUAAAUUUUUUAUACUGGGCAGGACUAUUUGGAGUUGUUGCACAAAAUUGUUGCUUAUGUCUUUUUCUAAAUAAACUCCUCAUGUCAAGAAGCAAAGGUCUUAUGUUCUUGCCAAUGGCAAGUUCUUACAAUUUGUUUAAAGGAAACGUCAAUUUGGUUACUAGUUUUAUGCAAAGUAUGUCCAUUAGGUAGUCUAAAGGAACCCAAUGGUUGUUAUUUGUAAUAAAAGGGAAACCCCAGUUGAUUGCCAAUUGCACCAAGUACAAAGUAGGUAUUUGGCACAAUUUCAGAAACAUAUUUUGCUGUAUCAAUGAAAAAAACAAAUGAACUUAGAAAGUUACCAUUGGGUGCAUGUCCACAACUGUCAGGAUAUAUAGAUCAAAGUAUUUAUAAUAAAUUGGAUUUCCAACAGCAGUGUAUAUUUUGAUUUUGUUGAUUCAAUGCAUUCUUUUCCGAUGAUGAUUUGAUAAAACAUUGAUCAUUCAUCACUGCAUAACAUCCUUUUAUAACUACAGCAUGGACUGCACCAUAACUACAGUUUGUGCAAGUAGUGUAUUUUCAAUAAUACUCUACUACAUUUCCUUUAGAACUAUUUGCUGAAUGGGGAGUAACACUACGGGCAGCACCCCUCCCCCUAAUAUAAAUUUGUUCACCAACACUGUAACUCCAGUUCAAAGUAUGAAAGACAGAAGGCUUCAUUCUAAUGCAGAAAGAUAGAAGAGGAAGUCUGUCACUCUCUCUGUUAUUUAGAAAGGCUGCAUGCUUUAAGUAAGCAAUUUUUAUAAGUUCAGCAGUCAAAAGAUAGUGCUUAAAAUGCUAUAGGUUACCUCAUAAGAACCAAUAAAUUAUGUUUCUAUUACUUGAAUUUUCCUUCACUUUCCCAAAUAAAUCAAGAACAUAUGGCAUUCACUGAAGUUAUCUGAUUGACCAUUUCUCAUUUUUGCAGAUGUAUGUGCAUGAUUUAAAGGGAAUGUUUGCUUAGCUGUGAAUACCUUAAAGUGCCCUUAAGUUUCCCAUUUUGAUAACUAAAGUAAUCUUUCACUGUUCUGUUCAGUGACAUGCAAGUUAAAGUAAAGUUUUUAAUUUGUAAUUCAGACAUUUUUGAAUAAAAAAAAUAACAUUUGGUUGAUCAAACCCCACCAAAAACUUUUUUAUUCUAAGGGGUCAUUAUUUAAGACAGGCAAAGGGAUUUCUUAUGAUGAACAAGACAUAUUUUCAGAAUUCUGGUAAUGUCAAUGUUACAGUACCACUUCCAUUUUUGGAAGUGACAAAUAACAUCAAAAAUAUGACUCAAAUUAGACCAGUCUAUGAUAUGUUCAAAUGAGUAAGGUUUCAGUAAACAGCAUCAGUUCUGCCCCUGCCUUUUUCCUUGCCAGUUGUUUUAAAUCAGCAUAUUUCAAACAACCAAGAACACUAUGCAAAUUUGAAAUUAUUUCAGAGUUUAGAUAAUAAACUAAACUUGCUAAUUUGUGCGUCAGCGACAGAAAUAAGGGGGAGGGAUAAAUCUAGAAAUGAAGAGUGUGAAUACUUUGCCUUUCUUUACAAUCAAAGACUUACGGGUGUGGGGGUAAAUCUGGAUAACUCUGCUGCAAGCAGGGGGUAUUACAGGGCCUCUGACGAAGGGGGCCAUGGGGGGGUGCCAUACCCCCACUAAUGAGCGAGACAAUAUAACUUUUUUAAAAAAUUUUGUUAUGAUUGUUAAAAUCUCCCUUGCCCCCCCAAACUUUCCAACCAGCGUCGGAGCCCAUGCGUUAUCUAGUUUCCUACGGAUUUGUUGGUCGUAAUUGAGCUUAGAGGCUUAUAUAACCGAAAAUAUUAAUAUUAAAGCUUUGGUUGACAUUGAAGCUCUGCUCAAUGAUGCAAUUUCAUUUAUGUUGUUAGGCCCAGACGAAAAAUAUUUUUCCGUUCAAGAUUGUGUAUAGCCAACAUAGUUCCCAAAUUUACAGUGAUAAUACCCGAUGUCCUUUUUAUUCGAUUCACAGUCCUCACUAUAACAAGAUAUCUUGAUAGAUAAACAUGACGAAACAAUUCUGCACCCGGAACCCCGCCAUGAUAAUUCCUUCGGUUCAUAAUAAAUCCAGCUACAAACACAAGACUAAUUUCCUGUGUGCUGUAGCCUUAUUUUGCUUAGAGGGCCACUCCAUCUAGGCCUCUGCAAGAAAGGUACUUUAUAAACAACAACAGAAUGAUAAACCAGUUUUAUCCAAGCGAGUGAAGCUGCGAGAGCGAGAUAUGAAACCAGUAUUUCGCGGCAAAAUGGAAGCGACUGCGCAUGCUCUAUUAAUACACUUUUCUCUGAUUGGAUUUAAACUUUGAGCGACAAACAAAAGGAAAGACAAUAGCCGUUUCAGCUCGUAUCCCCAACAAUAAACCUCUGCUGCGUCGAGUUGUUAGAGUAGCUAGCAAAUUAUGAUAUCAUUAGAGGGCCCUUUUCAAAACUGUUUACCUACUUUUAGUUCCAGGGGUAUUAGCAUAUACAGCCUCUUGAGCAGGGCCGUAAAUCUGUCAUGUCAAUUGGGGGGGUCAGCAGAGCAAAUUAAUAUAAAGUGUCCAGUGGGUCAUGGCACCACCAAGCAAUUUACGGUAUGGUUUUUGGAAACUGCUUGAGCGGCAAACGACAUAAAAACAAAAAGAAAGAUUAUUAGAUUUACUAAGGUUUUUCAGCUCUAUAGAAGGUAUUUACAGAUUUUCUUAGCACGUUGACUUUUUUAUAAUUAAGUUGAUAACAUUUUUCAAAGACAGCUUGAGGAAAUUGAACCCGCGGAGGUUAAAAAUCGCGCUUAGUGAUGUAGGAGGACCCACGGGGUGGGGCCGACGGGAAAGAAAAUUUUCUAAAUCAUACCUUCUAAAUAGCUAAAAAAGCAUCUCCCAGACAAAGUUAACAAAAUACUAUACCGUUCAGGAUAGAUAAAUCGACGUUUCUCAGAAGAAGACUAAUUAUUGUUCUGGGAGAAAUUGGGAAGGGGAAAAGUCAUGCUUAAACACUAGUGACAGACGUCGGGGAAAGAAAGAGGUGUUUUCUAUUCGAGAGCAAUCGAUUUUUUCCUGAAACGAAUAAGGAUGUAUCUAAGAACAUAUUAGGGCUCAAAACGAAAAUUUUCUUGAAAAAAAGAGGCUGAGCAAAAAUUAUUGCAUUCUAAUAAUAAAGAGUGUAGUCAUUGCUUCUCUCUAUAUUACAUGCAAAAGUACUUCUUUAUUCAUUGACGUGGUACUUUUACACAAAUUAAUUUUACUUCUUUCCCUUUUUGUCUUUUGGCCUUGUUCCUAGCUACAGUUAAAAGCAAAACUCAGAAUUUCAUUUUUUGUGUCUAUGCUAUUAUCAUGUCACUAAAUGUGCAGUUAAAAUUAAGGAGCUAUUAUGGAGGUCUUGGUACCGCAAUUCGACUAAUAGAGGUUCAAAAAUUUGGAACUUUAGGACCUAGACUUUGAGUUAGGAUUUUUAUAAAAAGGCGUGUAAUGAAAAUAUAUGUACUGUGGGUUUGUGAAAAUAUGUGUAAACGAUCCUUUUCUUACAUGUUUUUGAGAUUUAUUAAAGGGGUGGUAUUUGGGGCUAAUCCCCCACAUGGGCAUCAUCACUGACUCGACACCACUCUGCAAACACAAAUAACUGCCAUCAACAAUAGUCAACUUGACACCAUGACAUAGAGUGGCUGAGGUUUGUUGCAAGAACACAUAAAAACCUAGUUUGGUUUUAAUCUAAUCCAGUUACCAGGGAUUCCUUUCUUUAAAAGAAAAUGAUGAUAAUAUCUCAAAAAAGUCGUUUUGCUAAAGAUUUUUGGGGGGUCUAGUCCCCCCGUCCCCCCGGGAUUUACGGCCCUGCUCUUGAGACUCU